CGGAGCCGCCGUUGCCACCGCUUGUGUCAGCCGGACCCGAGAGGGAGUGAGAGGGGAAAGGCAGAAGGAUGAAGUUCACCGAGCACCUCUCCGCGCACAUCACUCCCGAGUGGAGGAAGCAGUACAUUCAGUAUGAGGCUUUUAAGGAUAUGCUAUAUUCAGCCCAGGACCAGGCACCUUCUAUAGAAGUUACAGAUGAAGAUACAGUAAAGAGGUAUUUUGCCAAGUUUGAAGAGAAAUUUUUCCAAACCUGUGAAAAGGAACUUGCCAAAAUUAAUACCUUCUAUUCAGAAAAGCUUGCAGAGGCUCAACGCAGGUUUUCUGCCCUUCAGAAUGAGCUUCAUUCAUCAUUGGAGGCACAGAAAGAACAAACUACUAUGCUUAGACAGCGCAGAAAGCGAGUUUUUUCCCUGUCCCAUGAAAAACGUGUUCAAUAUAGAAAUAUUCGGGACCUUAAACUGGCCUUCAGCGAGUUCUACCUCAGUCUUAUUCUGCUGCAGAACUAUCAGAAUUUGAACUUUACAGGGUUUCGUAAAAUUCUCAAAAAACAUGACAAGAUCCUGGAUACAACUCGCGGAGCCGAUUGGCGAGUGGCCCAUGUGGAAGUGGCACCAUUUUACACUUGCAAGAAAAUCAACCAGCUUAUCUCUGAGACAGAGGCUGUGGUGACCAUUGAACUUGAAGAUGGAGAUAGACAGAAGGCCAUGAAACGUUUACGGGUCCCUCCAUUGGGAGCAGCUCAGCCUGCACCUUCAUGGACUAUAUUUAGAGUUGGUCUAUAUUGUGGAAUAUUCAUCGUGCUAAAUGUUACCCUUGUGCUCACAGGUGCAUUUAAACUUGAUGCUAAUAAGACAAUCUGGCCCCUGGUAAGAAUCUAUCGAGGUGGCUUUCUCCUAAUUGAGUUCCUUUUUCUAUUGGCCAUCAAUACCUAUGGUUGGAGGCAAGCUGGAGUGAAUCAUGUGCUCAUCUUUGAACUCAAUCCCCGCAAUAAUUUAUCCCAUCAGCAUCUCUUUGAGAUUUCUGGAUUCCUUGGGAUAUUGUGGUGCUUGAGCCUGCUGGCAUGCUUAUUUGCUCCAAUCAGCAUUAUUCCCAUACAAGUUUACCCACUUGCACUAUACGGAUUCAUGGUUCUCUUUCUUAUCAACCCCACUAAAACCUUCUACUACAAGUCCCGGUUUUGGCUGCUUAAAAUCUUGUUCCGAGUGUUCACAGCCCCCUUCCAUAAGGUAGGCUUUGCUGAUUUCUGGCUGGCCGAUCAGCUGAACAGCCUGACAGUGUUACUUAUGGACCUGGAAUAUAUGAUCUGCUUCUACAGCUUUGAGCUCAAAUGGGAUGAAAGCAAGGGCCUGUUGCCAGAUAAAACGGGAGGACCAGAUAUUUGCAACUCUUACAUCUAUGGAGUGCGAGCCAUUGUUCAGUGCAUCCCAGCUUGGCUACGAUUCAUCCAGUGCCUGCGCCGGUACCGAGAUACAAAAAGGCCCUUUCCUCACUUAGCUAAUGCUGGCAAAUACUCUACAACUUUCUUCAUGGUGACAUUUGCAGCUCUUUACAAUACUCAUAAAGCUCGAGGCCACUCAGACACCACCGUGUUCUUUUAUCUUUGGAUUGUCUUCCAUUUCAUCAGUACCUGCUAUACCCUCUUUUGGGAUCUCAAGAUGGAUUGGGGUCUCUUUGAUAGGAAUGCUGGGGAAAAUACCUUCCUUCGGGAAGAGAUUGUCUACCCCCAAAAGUGCUAUUAUUACUCAGCCAUCAUCGAGAAUGUGAUAAUGCGCUUUUCUUGGACUAUCCAAAUCUACAUCACCUCCAUGAAUGUGUCCCCUCAUGUCGCAGACAUUAUCGCUACUGUACUUGCUCCCCUUGAAGUUUUUCGGCGGUUUGUGUGGAAUUUCUUUCGAUUGGAGAAUGAACAUUUAAACAACUGUGGUGAAUUUCGUGCCGUCCGGGACAUCUCUGUGGCUCCCUUGAAUGCAGAUGAUCAGACACUGCUUGAGCAGAUGAUGGACCAGGAAGAUGGUGUACGCAACCGUCAGAAGACCAGGGCAUGGAAAAGCCAGGGCCUGUUACUACGCCGACCUUACAUAUCUCAAUUCAAGUCUCGUGAUACUAAAGUAUUGAUAGACGACACAGAUGAUGAAGCUAACACAUGAAUCGAGUCUAAAUCUACAUCCUUUUUCCCCCCUAUUCAACAACACCCCUUUCCUUGACCAACUCAACCUCUGGUACCUUUCCAGCUAAAAACAGGAGAAAACAUUUAACACACUUUCCGAGCUCUUCUGGAUCGGAUCCUAUGGACUCCAAACAAGCUCACUGUGUUUCUUUUCUUUUCUUCUGAUUUAAUUUUAAUUUUCUACUUUUAAAAUAUUUACUUCAUUUUGCCAAUCAGAGGACAUUUAAGGGAAAAAAAAACACAAGUUUAUCUUAAGGAUUGUUUACAAUCACAAGGACAUAGAAAACUUUCUGGAUGAAGAACAGGCACAGCGAGGACCCAAUAAUGGGACAGUACCAAGGCUACUCAGCUUCUGCUUGGCCCGGUUUUGACUGGUUAAAACCGGACAUUGGUUUUUAAAUUUGUUUGAGAAUUUUUUUUUCUUUCCUUCAUAUCCAGCGCAAAGGCACUGGCUGCACUUGCAGGGAAAGUGCACUUAAAGCAGUACCUUCAUUCAUGAAGCUACUUUUUAAUUUGAUGUAACUUUUCUUAUUUUAGGGAAGUGGGGAGGGAACUGGGCAAUAGGAUGUAUUUGUCUGAUAUAAUUUUCUCAUUAUUUAUGAUACUUAACCAUAAUAGAACAAUUUUGUGUCCUGUGCAAUGAAGGUAAUAACAGUAAAAGAAGAUCAAGGAAUCUAUCCUUGGAUGUGUUUCCUAAGGGUUCCAUCCUGCAAUGCCUCUUUCAUGAAACAACUUGUACUAGUUUGACAAUUUCUUUCCUUUUUUUAAAAAUUUAAACCAAAGUUUCUGUUUCUGAUUUUUUUUUUUAGUUGCUGCUGAUUUGGAAAUCUGAACAUGUCUCAUGACAGGUCAUCCUCACAUUUUCACACUUUUAAGUGAAAAUUGUGAAAAAGAUUCUGAGAAUUAAAAAAAAAAAGAUGGAAUAAAUCUACCCAUACUCCAUACUCACCUGCAGAAGUAGCCAGAUUUUAUAUUAUAAUAUAACUUUGAAGCUUAGCAUAGAGUUUGGAUUAGGAGACCAGGCUGUUUCAGACUCUAUACCCUCAUUAAACAGGGAGUUGUUUUUUUGUUGGUUUUUUUUUAAUGAUUUGACUUCCUUCCACCAGAUUCUGAGCAAAGAGGAAACUUCCUGAGCACAUUGAAUAAAUUAGCCUUUAUCUUUCAUAUGACAUUGGCCAUAUGAGGCCUUUGUAGCCAUUCAUCCCAGAGGUUAUAAGAGAUAGUUAUUGGAUCUCAUGUUCUCCCAUGAGGCUGGAAUAUGCUUUUCAAUUUGUUAGUUCUGCUGUUUAAUGAGGAAAGUUCCUUUAUUCAGUCAUGGUUCAUAGACACUGCCUAUAUUAAUUUUAAUUAGUCUUUAUUCUAUUAACCAUCAAAAGAAGUCCUAAAACCAUGAUUGAUAGUUUACUCUUUUUUUUUGAAACAUGGAUUAUUUGGAGGCAAGGGGCCAACUAUCAUUAUCUACAAAAAAGUAACAAAUUAUACCAAUGUAAAGAAAAAUGUGCUUUCUACUAUUCUAAGAUCCAAAUCAAGGUUUUUUUAGUGCCCAUCUCUACCUUUGUUAGGUUUAUUGGCAGAAGUCACACUGAGCAUUUAUAGUUGACUAUUGACUGGCCUCUUCCUGGCUAGUCUUGCUGUAUGUAGUCAACCUCGGUGACUAUAUUGAAGUAAAAUACUCCUGUUGCUUUCAGCCUUAAUUUUAGAUUAAGGCACAAAUUAAUAGAGGCAGCUGUAUCACUAAUUCAGACUUGAAGAACAUGGCUACUGUAUCUGUGGUCUGGCCUCCUUGUUAAUGCUUCUUCAGUGUAUCCAAAAUAUCAUAUAGGUGGAUCACAUAAAGAAGCUCCUAUUAAUACUAUUGUAUCGAGGAGUAUGUGGAAAAUAGUUGUUUUUAAAAAGAUCUCCCUUCUUCCUUUUCUGUUUAAUAUAAUACAGAUAGUCUUCCUUAAACUAGUUCCCACUCUAAAUCUAGAAAUUUUUUUUUAUCAUUACUUUACUUUGUGGCUUUUAUUCCCUUUUUUGUGUUUUGCCAAAUAUUCCUCUUUGCCAGAAAAAUGGGGGGGAAGCAUUUUAAUUACUGAUUUCCUUUUAUUUUCGUUUUUGAAAUUAAGUCUUUAUAAUCAGUGGUAGCAAUUUUGUGGCUCUUGGUAGAUUAUGGAUUUUAUUGUUCAUACUUGAACUUAACAAACUAUACUGUUUUAUACUCUAGAACCAUAGGAAAAUACUACUGAUCUGCCAAGAAACACCGGUUACUAUAAUUGUUAUUAAUAUAAGUUGAUAGAUUGGUUAUUUUCUAUACAAAUAGAAUAUAUUACUAUGUAUACCCAGAAUCAGCUUAAAACACAACUAACAUCCAUUCUCCUUCAGGAGUUUUAUGAAAUAUAAAAUCCUAUAAUUGGCCCACAGUGUAUAGAGGAGUCUUCAUGGUUUGUUUAUCCCACUGCCAGUUUGACCUUUGUUCAAAUAUUAGAACCUUAGUUCCAAUCAGGAUUAUUUCCCUUAUAUGCUAAAAAUAUUUGAAUUUUAAUUGUCAGGGACACAUUGUCCAGUUGCCAGCAUUUAUUUUAGAAUAAAAAGAUUUUUAGCUACCAUGUUAGAUAUGUAAUGUUUAUUUUAAAAAAUGUUUAUUUAUUUUUGUGUUCCUAUUAAAUGCAUAAAGGGAGCAAAGAGCUUUUUCUCAUAAUCUUGAUCAAACAACAUGAAUUUAAAUUUGUUUUCCUCUUUUAAUAAGAAAAAGUGUGUAAACUGUACCAUUCUUACAAAUAGCAUAUACAACUUUACAGAUAAUCAGAAUUUCUCAGAUUUCGUGUUCCAGCUUGAUUUGCCAAGCCCAAGCAAUUCUACCCAGUGUUAGUACCCAUUUUGUGAUAUUAUCAGAGUUUUGAGCUCUCAAUGAACUACUUAUCUACUUAGGGAAAUGCGUAUUAGUUGGCCAUUUAACCAAAAAAUGAAAAUAUCUAAAUGGAUAAACAACCAAAUCCCAGGUAAAAUUCAUAUGAUCAUAUGUUUAGAUAAUCUAAUAUUGUUCUUGCUUUAGAAAAAUCAAUUGUAAUAUCCCCCCAGAUAAAGGAAUUAAGAUACUUUAAUGUCAAGAACUCAAAAUAUUUUCAUGUUUUGGUUAUGUGGCAUAAAAAAAUUAAAAAUACAGAAUGAGGUUAGAAGGCUAAGAAAAAUGAUUUAUUUUCUAUGUGCAAAAAGUUUAUUGUUAAAGCUCAAAUGAGUGAGUUGUUCAAUGGUUUCUUAUCUUAAAAUGAUCAGAGGUAGAGCUGAUAUUAGUAAGAUCCUCUGUGAGAAUGUAGAGAAGUCAUUCCAUUCUUCGACCUGUCCUUUUGCUGUUUUCCCUUCCAUCAAUUUCAUUUUAGCAUUUUAGCAUCCUGACACCAAAUUUAUAUGAUCAACAGAUAUAGCCUCUGAGAGGAGGAAGCCAGUAGCCUCAAUAGUGCCCUCCUACAAGAUCCCAAUCCCAGGAUUUGUGAUGGUAGUACUUUUUCCUCCAGUCUGUUUAAUCUCAUUAAUAUAAAAAAGUUUUGAGAUCACUUGCUACUUACUCCCUUCCCCACCCCCACCCCUAUUUGACCAUUUGAAAUACAAUCAGAACAUCUGGAUAAAGAAAUAUCUCAACCUCUUAAUAGACAAAAUAAAGUGAGGUAAGAACUAUUAUGACCAUUUGUAUGUACUUUAGUUGAAGAGAAAGGAAACACAGAAGAAAUCAUAAAUCCAUUGUGGGCAGUGAAAACGAAAAAAACAAAGCAUAUCAGACAUUUAACCAACUUGGUAUCGGAAGUAAGACAGCUGGGAACCUGCUUGUUUACAGCUUCUAUUGUUAAUUGGGACCCCCCUUCCCCAGUGGUCCAUACGUUAAUAUUGGACAAUUCCCUUUAUUUUCCUGUUCUUUUCUCCACUAUCUUCAAUUGUUUAGAUGAGUUCAUUAUACCCAAAUGUAGUUUAGGAAAGAGUGACUAAAUGAAUUUCUCAUUCCCACUAGCCUCUGCCAAAACAAGAAAACAAAGCAAAAACAGAAAAUGGUACUAUUGGCAGAAUUGUUUUUUUUUCCUCCUGAAGACUUUAUUCAUAAGAAAAAGGUAUUCAAAUAUUGAGCUACAUUUUUCUUCCUACCAGGCCUGUGCUUUUACAGGACCUGAUACAUACAUAUUGAUUGGAUAAAUUAAUUCCAGAGGUAGUUAACAUGAAGGCUUCAAAGCCUGAGACUACCUGGAAAUUUCCUAUUAUGGUUAUGCUGCAUUUAGUAGAAAUGAGUUCAGUUUAUACAAUAUUGCUAAUCUGAAAGAAUUGAAUUACUGCCACUCAACACAUUUUUCAAAUUUCAUUAUAUCCUUGAAUUUUAAAAAUUUGGGUACCUUCCCAUGUGAAAAAGUGAAUCCUGUUUAAAUUUGUGAUUUGCUUUAUGCCAUUCUCACUAUUCCUAUUUCAAAUUUUACAUAAACCUAGUGUCACUAUGAGAUCUCUUAUUCCACUAAAAAUCAACAACUCUGAAAUUUUUUUUAAGUUGGGAGAACAGAAAAUCAGGUUCACUCAUCUUUAAAAGAUCAGCUUUUCUUAUUUUCCCUUUGGGGGAAAGGGGAUUAUAAACUAUUGCUAUUGAUUGCAUGUGUGUGUGUUUAACAAAGUCAAAGAAAACUUGGAAGUACAAAAGCUUCAAAAUCACUGAAAAAUAGCCCUCUAUCCAAGCAACCUCCUUACUAGUUGGUCUAGAAACUGCAUUAGACUUGACUAAUGUUAACCUCCCAACUUUAUGCAUUUUUUAAAACAAAUUUCUGGGUAAAAUCAGGUUAUAGUGGUGAUGGGUGUAGGAUCUGGAGAUAAAAAUAGGGACUUGAGAAAAUAAAUUUAACUUGGGUGUUGUGACCCAAUAUUUAACCAGCACUAUUCACCCUCUGCUAAUAAAAAUAAGAAAGAAAAAGCUAUUCUUUGGCUUUGGAAGAGCUUGAUGUGGAUAAUAUCACCAGCCUUCCUUUCUUUGUUCUUACAAAAAAAAAAAAAAGACAUUUGACCAGGAAGGUUAUACCCACUGACUGGUUAUCCUUCUUCAAUGAUUUGGUUGCAUUCUAGUAUGAAGGAAAACAACUAUCUCUUUAAGUAACAGCCCUCCUGAAUUUAUUUGCUUUUGUAAGCAUGAGGAACAAAAUGAAGAUUUGUCCUAAAAUAAGAGGAAUUAUACCAUUAACUUUAAGCUGAAGCUUUUUUCAUUGUUGCUAUUUUUUUAAUCAAUCUUGUUCGGCUUUGUGGUGCCAUCUAUUUAAUGAGGACAAUCAAAUAAUCUAUUUUUUGCCUUGAAUUCUCAGUGUGUCUGGUAAUUGCAUAGACAACUUGUAUACAUUCAGAUCAGUUACUUGACUGUAACAUAACUCAUACAAACUUAGUUUUUCCUAUUCUCUUUCCCCUGAACCACCACAAGUUUAAUGAGAACUGCAGCACUACUAGAAAGGUAAAGACUUUUAAGGGCCAAGGAUGAUGCUAUAAUAUCCCUUUCUCAUUGUCCUUAGAGCCCAAAGUCUAACCUUCUUUCUUUGUGCCCAGUAGCAAUACCAGCAUGGUGGGAGUAAGGAGGAAGACUAUAGGAAUUCCCAGGAACACAACUAGAUUGUGACACUAUUAUUCCUUUGAGUUUAUAGAGUGAAUUGUGAGCCCUUUAGUAAAGACAGCAAAACACCUCAGUUUUAAAAACAUUAUGUGAUGAUUAGCUUUCUUGCUCUUUUCUGAUUCAGCACAGAGGUUUGUAUCAACAGUAUUUGAAGGGGUAUGAGGUGAAAAAAUGUAUUUGUCUUUGAGACUUCCCCUCCACUAUUACCUUUCUCUUCACCUUUCCUAUGCUGUGUUGGUCUAAAUGAUAAUUAUUCUAUGAAGCCCUAAACUGUAGUUGUCAAAAGUAACUAUAAAAUGUGAUUAGUCCUCUGUGGGUGCUUCUUUCCCUCCUUUUCUUUCUCUUUCUCACUCUCUCUCCACUCUUGGUUAAGUGGAAAAGGUGAGGGCAAAGAAUUGCCGCUUGGUUGGACUCAUGCUGUAAUUGUGACUGCGCUAUUAGCUGUCUCCCUUUUCCUUCUCAAAUGGAUAGAAUUCUGUUGAAGUAUGGAGUACCCUUGAGAAGUAGGUUUAAAAUGCACAAUGUGGUACUGUUUCAUAGUUUCUAGAUGGUUGUAUAAAGCAAAAAGUUAAUGUGGUUAUGUGUUUUUAAAAGAAAAGUGAUUGGUUAUAAAACUGUGGUUUUUUCCCCAUUAUUAUAAGCUCUUUUUGUUUUCCAACA